AAAUUCCAGCCCGAAACUCUGAAAUGCUGACUUCUGAGUGCAGAAGGACCACACCAUUACACCUUUGGGUAGACUCGAUGGAACAAACGGCGACACACAAUUCGGACCCAGAUAAAAAUGAAGUUAAAACCUGUAUCUUCUGUUUAAUAGCGAACAAUCGAGACGAAGAAACGAAAAUCCUCAAACAGAAUGAACACGUGGUGUGUUUCAGAGACAUUUACCCCGCUGCUCCUCACCAUUACCUGGUUGUACCCAGACAGCACAUAACCAACUGCCACUCACUGCACAGAGGACACAUCGACCUCGUUGAACAGAUGGUUGAGCUGGGUAAAGCUACCCUUAUUGACCAAGGAAUCACUGACAUGACAGACAUAAGUUUGGGCUUCCACCAACCUCCCUACACUUCAGUAGAUCACCUCCACCUCCACGUGCUCGCUCCAGCCAGCAAGAUCUCAGAGUAUAUGGAGUAUAAAUUCCACCCAGGGUCCUACAGGUUUCUUACUGUAGAACGUUUACGGAAACAGCUACAGCACAUCUGCAGUCCACUGUCAUCAUGUUGCAUAAAGGUGUAAUGGGCAGUAAGUUAAUACUGUCAUUAUGUAUGACAGGCCAGUUUAUUCCGUUUCUGAACUGAAAAGAAGAACAACAAACAUGUCAGAGGGUGCUGAAAUUGUGCAUCUGUCAUUUGUGAGAUGUGAACAAGUGAAGCAGUGACACCAUAACAUCUGAAACUUUAUUUAUUCAACAUAACACUGAGAUGUGACUGGGAUCCAAUGAGUUUUUUUUUAACAGAGUAUUUAUUAUGUAUUUAUUCACAAGUACGAAUGAAUGUACAUUGACGAAGUGUGAAACUGAAUUUGAUUUUUACGGCUGGUAUGGAGGGUAUGCAUUGACGUCACUGCCGCCCGGAGCCACGCCCCCUGAGUGCAGAAACACGGUGAAACGUACCAGUAAAUACAGCGAAACCGGGACAAAAUAUGGAAUAUCAGAUCAAAUUAUGGACAACGGGACUCGACAACGAACUAGUAUGGGUUUGGAAAAGUGGAUUAGCCUCAGUUUCAGGUUGUUUAAGUUAGUUUUAGGUCGUUUCAGUUAUGAUAAAUGUAGCUAAAUAAGAGAUGCUAACGCUAGGAGUAUAGUUAGCCAUACAACACUGUAGCGUCCGACCCAUUCACUAUAUAUACUAGGUCCGACCGGACGUUAAAGGGAUGACGAGGAGUGAUCGCAAAUAUUUAGUUUAUAGUUUAUUAGUAUAUUAUUAAUUGUUGUAUGAGCUGUAAAAGUUACUGUCGGUCGCAACUACGCAAAAAAUGAUAUGACAGCCCUCCAGGGUGUGACUUAAGAAGUAGUUUAAGGUAUGACCUCAUCAGAAAAAUACAGCUUAAAUUAGUAGGCGACAACCUGACAGUAAAUGUGAACCACAACACCAGGUUUCUGUACCUAGAUUCCAGUAGUUUCUUGUAAUGCAGCGAUCCAUUUACUUCUCUUUUUAUCUGUAAAAAAAAAUCUCUGACUGCUUCUCAAAUCUGUUGGUACAGUCAAUCGCACAUCUCCUCGUCGUUUUUUUAGAUUAAUUUUACAAUUUAGACGCUAUUAAAGCCACUGCUUCAAACUAAUGCCUCCAAUCUCCGUGUUCAGCUGUUAAUUUUUGACACUCAAUGGGUGUAACCACGGAGACUUCGCUAGCUGUGACGUCACACGCAUACCCUGUAAAGACAACGGGCUGACUCCACUGAACACGUCAGUGCUGUGUAUAAUCACAUAAAUCUAUAAAUUAAAUUAAAUAUUUAUUCAAAGAUA